AUGGUCAAUCAAUCGGAGCGAAGGACUCUUCCCCCGCAGGCAACGUCGAGUAUUCGGCCGUCCAACCAGAACUCACUAAUUCAUGAGACCCCGGCUAUCCAGUUCGGCUUCCAGUUCGCCCCUUCAAGCAGCACCGGACCUUGCCUCGAAAUUGAGGAAAUCCAGUCGCAGAUUUGUGGGAUGAGUUCGCUCCUUCACCGGGCAUUCAGCACAGCUCCUGAGAUUGACAGGAUUGUCGAGGUCACUCGGCGAACCCCUUUCACUCAGUGGAUCCUGCAAGCUGCCAUACCAAACGUAAAGCUGAAGCUCCCAACCUACCUCGGAGAUAAGGACCCAGUCCUUUUCAUGACAUCUUUUAUGGCAACUGUAGCCAAGGCGCGUUUUACAGACGAACAGUGGGAUAUUGUGUACUGCCAACUGUUCGUCGAUAGUCUUUCCGGUCCUGCUUUAACCUGGUUUACAAGGCUUGAGUCAAACUCGAUUGACAACUUCACCGAAUUAUCAACGGCUUUCCUCAAACAUUAUCGAAUCUUUAUCGAGCGAGGUAUGUCAAGUUUGGAUCUGUGGGUGAUGGCCCAGGACCCCGGCGAGCCCAUUAAUAUGUUCUCUGGCCGGUUUAAGGAAAAAUUGGCAAACGUUUUCGUCCCAGAGGACGCUGCGAUUGCCGCUUUCAAGAAAAGUCUACUUCCCGGUUCACCCUUGCGGAAGGACCUGAACAUUCGAGAGCCCAAAGAUCUCGACGACACGCUGCACCGAGCCUCUCGAUUCGCCCUUGUGGAAGAAGAGGACGCCCGGUUGGCGGAGAAAACAGUGUCAGCAUGCUCCGCUCCCGCAAAGGACAAAAAUUGGGACGAGUACCACAAGCCCCGAAAGCACCACGAUCCUCAGGACCGAAAGAAGGGUGUGGUCCUUGCGGUCUCAGAUGUGGAUGGUCAAAGCAAGUCGGCGCCAGACCCGAAGGACCUGUACUGUGACUUCCUCAUGGUACCCGACCAUUCAAUGCACAAGUGCCAGCACCUAAAGAAUUCUCUAUACAAAAAAUAUAUUUCCGGUGAAGUCGAGGCCCUCUAUCAACCCAAGGUUUUCCACGGAGGAAGAGGUCGCCAUGGAGGCUGGCCAGGUGGCAGAUCUAAUGGUGGCCACGGUGCAGGAGGAGGUGGUCGAGGCUAUGCGAACAACGGCCCAGCCAACAAUAUUCCACAACCAGCGAAUCAGGUGCUCGUAGGUCAUCAGGAGGAAAUGCCUCAAGAGAACGAGUUACCCGGUCCCCCCAAGCGUCAACGGGGGCAGAAUCCCGAGCACACCAACUCCCCUCUCCAAGGACGAAUAACUAUGAUACUUGGCCCGCUGGAAGAAUGUAAUGACUCCGUUCGAGCGUUAAAGAAAAGAGCACGCCAGGUUUGUAGCUUCCAGAUGGUCUCAGAUGAGCAUCCGUUCUACACAGACCCCAUAACAUUCACGCUGGAAGAUGCCAAAGGAAUCCAACAUCCUCAUUCGGAUCCUCUGGUCGUCGAGGUAGCCACGGGUGAAUUCGACUUCGAAAGGUCCUGGUUGAUACCGGGAGCACUGUGA